AUGGCAGAGCAACCCUCGAAAAACGAACGUACCUGGCGGAAGUACUUCCCGGAUGGUGAUCUUUGGGUUUUUGGUUACGGCGUUGCGUUGCAAGCAAGCCAGCAGAGUGCGAUAGUGUUCUCCAACAUCUUACUGUUGCCCUUCGUUGCCAAUCCUGGAGAGAAUCCUGAAAGCUAUACAAUAAACGAGUACCCGGCUAUAUCAGUGGCUACGUCCGAAGAUUUUGGCAGCGGUGACCAUCGAGGGACUCCUGAAUCUCCAGGACGCGUGGUGACAGUUAUAGAGAGGUCUUUCUGGGAGACUCUGGACGAUCCUCAAAAAGAUCUCGAAUCAUCAACGACUUCGACCGUCUGGGGCGCUGCCUACCAUAUCCCUGCAUCCCAUGCCGAGGAAGUCCACGACUACUUGGAUGACCGCGAGAUAGACGGCUACACCGUUCACUACACGCCCUUUUACCCCGUGUCUCCCCCGUCGUCCUCAGCUGUGUCGAGUACGAGUACCACGGCCUCGUCCACCUCUUCCGAAGGAGGUGGCGAAGUUACUGAGACCCAUCCACCCACUUCUACUUCUAUUUCCACGUUGAAUGCCUCCUCUCCGAUAACCUGCAUGGUCUACAUCGGCCUCCCCACCAACCCGCAGUUCCUCCGUGAUCCGGCGGAUCGCGACCCGGCAGCAGUGGCCAAGGUCAUCAGCGUCAGCUGCGGCAAGAGCGGCAGGAAUCCCGAGUACCUGUACCUGCUGGAGAAGGCACUCGAGGGCCUGGGCCUGGGCAGCGCAGACGGGCACGUCACGGACCUGGUCCGUCGCGUCAAGGCGAUCGAGCGUGGCGAGGAUGCUGCGGCUGAAGAGAGAAGGGCCGAACAGGAGGCGAAGCAGCCUCUGCCUGUCGAUACACUUACCAAUCAUCAACAUCCACACCAGCCAGAGACUUCUGACGAAUUCGAAUAG